CGACACAGUAUAACACACUCGAACACAGUUUGCCACACUUAAAUGGAACGCCAUAAUGUGUAUCGUGUGUACGAACUAUUAAUACCUAACCUUAAAAGAUUCGAAUUUUAACCUUAACGAAUACACGAGAUCCGAUUAUUUCUUUAAGAUGAAUGCAAUAAUGAAUAUUCUGAUGGAAAAUAGCAGUAGUAGUAGUAGCAGUAGCAGCAGCAGUAGUAGUAGCAGCAUUACUAGUAGUAGUGAAUAUGAAUUUUCAACUGAUGAUAAUCAUGAUAUUCUGUUUCCAAUCCUACAAAUGCUGCUAGCUGGUCGUAAAAGGAAUCGCGUAGAAAACUACAUCGAAGUUGUACAUAGUUGGACGGAUACAGAAUUCAAAGAACACUUGAGAUUGCAUCGUAAUGUUGCCAUAACAUUAAUUGAUGAACUUGCAGAAAGUGGAAUUUUGCCAUCACAUUCAUUUGGUCGACCAAAGAUAUCCGCAGAAUGGAGUUUAUUUAUCACAUUAUGGUUUCUAGCUAACACUGAACCGUAUCGCACUUUAUCGGAUAGAUUUGAUGUGUCCAUAUCAUCAAUAUUUCGCGUGAUUCGGCGAGUAAUUACUUGGAUUCUAACUAAAUUAGAUAAUAUAAUCAAGUGGCCAGAAGGAGAAUCAUUGAUUGCAGCAGCUCAAGGCUUUCAAAAUAAAAGAGGAAUUCGAAAUUGUAUUGGGGCGAUUGAUGGCUCCCAUAUUACCAUUCUACAGCCACAAGAAAAUGCUGCUCUGAUUAUUGUAAUCGGAAAAAAAAUUACUAGAUAAUAUUACAAGCAAUUGUUACAGCUGAUAUGCGAUUUACAAAUAUUUAUUGUGGUGAACCUGGAUCAUCCACAAUGCCAGGGUAUUACGGCGAUCAAGUCUUCAUUGGGAAUCACAAAAUAAUAAGAAUAGAAUAUUUCCGAACAGAACGUUUAUAUUAGGUGAUUCUGCAUAUCCGUCCUUGUCUUGGUUAGUACCACCGUUUAGAAAUAAUGGUCAACUCACAGCACAGCAAAUUGAGUUUAAUUUUCUUCAUUCAUCUACACGUAUGGCAAUAGAAAAGGCUUUUGGUGUAUUGAAAGGACGCUUUCGACGCUUAAAAUUUUUUAAUGAGUAUCAAGAUAUUCAAUUUAUAAUUGAAGUAGUUAUUGCGUGCUGUAUUUUACAUAAUAUAUGCAUUGCUGCUUUUGAUGACGGCAUGGAUUUAUAUGAUGAAGAUAGCGGUUUAGAUAAUAAUAUAAAUGUAAGAGAAAAUGGAAAUGAAGAAAAUGGUAACGACCGAAGAUCGAGUUUAUUUUAUGAAAUGUUUCCACAAUGAAUAUUUAUAUAAUAUAAUAUCACAUCUCAUAUGUAUAUUCAUAAAUAACUUUUAUUUGUACUUUGCAUACUUUG